AUGGAAGAAUCUUUAAAGAGAAAGUUGUCUGAGAGUGUUCAAUCAAGUGAAUCGGAGGAUACGAAUAAUCAUCAUAAAAAGUUAAAGACCAAUGGUAAUCAAUCAGUACAGAAUAUAGAUGAGAGUGAGUGUCCAUAUCUGGAUACAAUUAAUAGAAAAGUUUUGGAUUUUGAUUUUGAAAAAGUUUGCUCCGAAACAUUGUCCAAUACUAAUGUUUAUUGUUGUUUGGUUGAUGGAAAAUUCUUUAAAGGAAAAGGAGAGUCUACACCAGCUUAUAUUCACUCACUGAACGAGGAUCAUCACUUAUUUAUGAGUAUUUCUAAUGGAAAAAUAUAUUGUUUGCCUGAUAAUUAUGAAGUGAAUGAUAAGAGUUUGGAGGAUAUUAAAUUUAAUUUGAAUCCAACAUAUUCUGAGAAGGAUGUCGAGGAAUUGGAUAUUCAAUUGAAAACAGUAACAUCAAUAAGUAAUGGUGCUACAUUCAUGCCAGGUUUUGUUGGAUUAAAUUCAAUCAAACAAUCUACAGAUGGUAUAAAUGUGGCAAUUCAAGCACUUACUAGAAUUAAGCCAGUUAGAGACUUUUUCCUUUUGGAUCAGAAGAAUCUUUCAAAAGUCAAGUCCAGAUCUGUAUUACUAUUUUCUGAAUUGUUAAGAAAAAUUUGGAAUCCUAAAAAUUUUAAGAAUCAUGUAAAUCCUCUAGAAUUUGUACAAAGUAUUUUAUCAAACGCAAAGCAAUUUAAACUAGGAGAAAGUAUAGACCCAGUCCAAUUUUUCACAUGGUUGUUGAACUAUUUACAUGGAGAACUGACUGAUAAUCAACCAAAACAAAAGAGUAUAAUAUCAGAAUCAUUUAGAGGUAGGAUUACAAUCACUUCGAAAGUAAUUAAAAGAAAGAAAUCGGGUGGAGCUGACAAAAAACAAGUGGAAGAAACAACCUCACAAAAUACAACACCAUUCAUGUUUUUGACACUAGAUGUGCCUUCAGCGCCAAUAUUCAAAGAUGAAUAUGAGAGAAAUAUCUUACCCCAAGUUUCGCUUUUCAGUUUGCUUUCGAAAUUCAAUGGUGAGAAGGAAACAGCUGUUCCACUCAAUGAUGGCAAUGUAGAAAUGAGAAAGUACAAGAUUGAAAAAUUACCACCAUAUUUAGUUUUCCAUGUAAAGAGAUUUUCCAAGAACUUUUUCUUUGAAGAGAAGAAUAACACAAUUGUUAACUUUCCUCUCAAUAAUUUAGACAUUAGUGAGAUAGCUCCAGAUUACUCUGGAAGUCAUUACAAUCUUGUUGCCAAUAUUUGUCAUGAUGGAAGUGUCUACAAAAUACAUGUACAUAAUGUUGCUGAAGGAAAGUGGUAUGAAAUUCAGGAUUUGGAUGUAAAGGAAGUCAUUGCUGAAGAAGUGUCAAUUUCUCAGAGUUUCCUUUUGGUUUAUGCAAAACAAUAA